AUGUCGGUUGAAUCCAUAUCACCUACAAGAAUGGAAGAGUUAAGGAAAAUUACCUCUACAGAUCCGACCAUGCAGAAAUUAGUUCAAGUCAUUCGAAGCGGUUGGCCUGCGAAGUACCGAGAAGUACCGCGUGAACUAGCGGAAUAUUUUUCAGUAAGAGAUGAGUUGGUGAUCGAUAACGGUGUAAUUCUAAAGAGCCAAAGAGUGGUCGUCCCAGAAAGUCUGCGUCGUGUGUAUAUCGAACAGUUACAUAGAGGACACCCUGGAGUAGAGGCAACAAAGAGAAGAGCAAGAGAUGUGGUAUAUUGGCCAACGAUGACGAAAGAUAUCGAGUAUGUAAUAUCUUCGUGCAAACCGUGCAAUAGUACCAACCCACACCAAACCAAAGAGCCCAUGAAAAGUCAUCCAACACCGAAGUUGCCAUGGACACAAGUAAGCGCGGACAUUUUUGAAUGGAAUGAUUUGAAAUAUCUAGUAAUUGUCGAUGCGUACUCCGGAUGGUUUGAAAUUGACACCCUACGGAACAUGUUGUCUAAGACCGUAAUAAUGAAAAUGAAACGCCAUUUUGCGGUUCAAGGUGUUCCAGAAUUGCUGAUGACUGACAAUGGCACCCAGUUUGUGAGUGAAGAAUUCAAGUUAUUUGCGAAAGAUUGGAGUUUUAAGCAAGUGACCAGUAGCCCAACCUAUCCUCAAUCAAAUGGUCUUGCAGAGAAUGCAGUUAAACAAGCCAAGAAGCUAUUAGAAAAAUCUAAGAGGGAUGGAUCUGAUCCUAUGCUUGGGUUGUUAAACCUAAGAAACACGCCUAGGGAUGAUAGUCUUGGUUCACCUACACAGCGCCUUAUGUCGAGAAGAACUCGAACAGUUCCUCCGAUGUCAAAUAAGCUUCUUAAACCAAACGUCAUUCCAUGCAAAUAA